CAGAGUGUAAACGUCAAAAUCCGUCAUGUGCUCAUCGCUCAUCGAAACUGUAAAAUAAAUAAUCGAAUAUUGUUAAAUGCACGGAAAAAAUAUUCAAUAGUAUUUUAAUUACAAGCAAAACGAAUAUUCAAAGAACUUGUAAAUUUCAUUAUUGCAGAAAUGUCUGAUACAGAGGAAUCUGUACCAAAAAUAGUAUUUAAGAAAAAAUCUCGCAAACCUCUUAGGAGACGAGAAAGUUCAAACGAAGAAGAGGGUGAUGACGAUGAUGGUAACACUUUAAGAGAGAAACUAGAGGAAUUGAAAACAAUUCAGAAACUUCGACAAAGAAGUAACGGUGUGAAAAUCGAUGGAGAUUAUUCAGGAGAAAAAAUAACAACAGAAGAUUCAGGGUCAGACCCAUUUAAUGUUAAAGCCGGAGGAAUGGUGAACAUGGCAGCUUUGAAAAAUGCAAAAAUAAAACAAAACGACGCUUAUGAAACAGGAAUAGGAACACAAUUUAACGCCGAGACAAAUAAACGCGACGAGGACGAAGAGAUGGUGAAAUAUAUAGAAGAGCACCUAUCUAAAAGAAAACGAAUCAACAAGGAAGAAUCAGAAACAAAUACAGUAAACGAAGGAGCUUAUUGUUCACCAGAAGAUGCAGCUCUUCAAGCAGUUCCUGAUCAUUUAAGACAAAGUUCCACAUACAGGAGCGAAGAGAUGCUUUCAAAUCAAAUGCUCUCCGGAAUUCCCGAAGUUGAUCUCGGCAUUGAAGCUAAAAUAAAGAACAUUGAAGCGACAGAGGAGGCAAAAUUAAAACUCCUUUGGGAUCGUCAUAGAAAAAAAGAUGGACCGUCACAAUUUGUGCCUACAAAUAUGGCUGUUAAUUUUGUGCAACACAAUAGAUUCAAUAUCGAAGUAUCCGAUGUUCAAAAAAGCAAAAAUAAUGCACGAGAACAGAGGCAGGCGAAUUCAUCGACAAUGAGCUCAAAAGAAAAGAGAAAAGAAGCCGAAGAUAAAGCAACCGAUGAUUAUCAUUACGAAAGAUUUAAAAAGCAAUUCCGAAGAUUCUAAUUAAUUUUCAUGGAAUUGAUUAAUAUAAGCUUUCACCUUCGUCAACAAUUUGUAAAUAGAAAAAUGUCAUUUUAUUUAAAUUUUUCUACAUGUACGACGCAUAAUUGAAAACUGAUUUAAUAAAAAAAGUUUUAUAAUUAAAA